AUGCCAUCCAUCAGUAUUGCAGUCCAACCUCCCCAGGAGGCCCAAGUUGGGGAAGCUUUAUACCCAUCCGUCAUUGCCAAAAUGCCCACCAGAAGCAGCGAUGAAGGAUACUACUUCUUCUCCAUGGCGGCCUUGCUAGGGCACGAUGGCAGUGUCAUAGACGGGGCGCUAGCCGGACUCACACUCUCGACUGGCGUGGUGGUAGACUCCCAUGUGGUUUUUGUUUUUCCUAAUCUUUCCAUCACGUUGCAAGGAGAGUACAAAAUCAGGCUAGACGUCUACAAGGUUGCCUACGAAAAUCCGGCUGGGGCUGCAUUCAACACGCAGACAGAGACAAGGGAAAUUUCCGUCGUGGAAAGAGUCGCCCAUGAAGCCAAGCCAUCUACUGCGGAGCGCAGCUACAUCCGCACCCUCCGAGAUGCUGGGCUUACUACGUAG